GAAAAAGAGGCAACCCAAUUCCUUUCAUCUUCUUCUUCCCGCCGUCUUCUACAUUUCGGCAGCUCAGAGUCGCCGCCGCCGCUGCCGCCAUCUUUCUGCCGUAAGUACCUCCGCAGCUUACCUCCUAACGCAAUUCCAGUUAUUGAACCACGAGAGAUCUAUGAACAUUCCAGGUUCAUGUGAGGAGGAAGAUGAUCACGGUGAGGUCUUCCUCGACGAAGAUGACAUACUCCACGAAGUCCAAGUUGAUGAGGAAGAUCUUCCUGAUGCUGUUGAUGAAGAAGGCUCUGAUGAUGAAUAUGUUGAUGAGGAUGAUGAUUCAAAUCAUACUUUUACUGGCCAUACCGGUGAGGUUUACACGGUGGCUUGUAGUCCAAUCGAUGCCACAUUAGUUGCGACGGGUGGUGGAGAUGACAAAGGUUUUAUGUGGAAGAUCGGUCGAGGAGAUUUUGCACAGGAGCUUAGCGGUCACAAGGAUUCUGUGUCUAGCUUAGCAUUUAGUGCAAAUGGACAUCUACUUGCAUCAGGGAGUUUUGAUGGUGUUAUCCAAAUUUGGGAUACUUCAUCCGGGAAUCUUAAAUGCACACUUGAAGGUCCUGGAGGGGGAAUUGAGUGGGUAAGGUGGCAUCCAAGAGGACAUCUGGUUUUGGCUGGUUCUGAAGAUUCGACGGCUUGGAUGUGGAAUGCUGAUAGAGGUGUCUAUCUUAAUAUAUUUUCUGGUCACGGUGCUUCAGUUACCUGCGGUGAUUUUACCCCUGAUGGUAAAAUGAUAUGCACGGGUUCUGAUGAUGCAACAAUGAGGAUAUGGAAUCCAAGAAGUGGUGAAAAUAUUCAUGUUGUGAGAGGUCACCCCUAUCAUACUCAAGGAUUGACUUCUCUAGCACUCACUUCUGAUUCAACGCUUGCUCUUACUGGUUCAAAAGAUGGUUCUGUUCAUAUUGUGAACAUAGCGACCGGAAAGGUCGUUAAUUCCCUGGUUUCUCAUUCUGAUUCGAUCGAGUGCAUCGGUCUAGCGCCAAGCUCCCCAUGGGCUGCAACUGGAGGAAUGGAUCAUAAGCUCAUCAUUUGGGAUCUUCGACAGUCGACGCCACGCAGUACAUGCGAGCACGAGGAUGGAGUAUCAUGUCUUACUUGGAUUGGCACGUCGAGAUAUCUUGCAACCGGAUGUGUCGAUGGUCGAGUUCGAAUAUGGGAUAGCCUCUCUGGAGAAUGUGUAAGAACCUUCACCGGGCACUCCGACGCCAUCCAAUCUCUCUCGGUGUCUGCCAAUCAUGAGUACCUUGUUUCUGUUGCUCUCGAUACUACCGCUCGGAUUUUUGAGAUUGCUGAGUAUCAUUGAGGGAAUAGGAUCUUUGUACUUGAAUGUGACAAGUUUCGAUCCCCAUUUUCGAUUCUUGUAUAAUUAUACAAGUUUAUACCAUUGUAUGAGUUCAUCUUACAAGUAAUUGUAUGUUUACUUUUGUCAGGGUAGUUGUGUAAUUUUUGUUUUCUUUGGAGGUUUAGUCGAACCUAAGAUUUUUCAUGUAAUGAAUAAUGUAAUAACAUAAAUUACAACCAUUUUUCAGUUGCUUGUUCGGUA